AUGAGUCAACAGUACCGUUCAUCACAACAACAGCAGGGCCGGGUCAAGAAGAAAGAGGAGGACCCGGCCGAUUUCAUGCGCCUGUCUGAAAGAGAGAUCGCAUCAUGUAUCAGCGAGAUGGGCAUACCGUUCCAGCCCUCGGACCUCUUAAAACCCAACCCGCAAGUCAUACAGAUGGUCUUCGAACAUCUCGGCGAGCUCGUCAUGAACGCGACCAGACAAUCCCUCGAUCCAGCCAUGCGCGCAGCGGCUGAGGACGUAUGCGCCGAAUUUCCCGAGUUGAUUCCUGUCGAAACACGGCUCCUUAUGGGGUUCUUCAUUCAACUACGAACGAUGUUGGAGCAGUGCGGAAUCAAUGAUUUCUCGUUCAAUGAUCUGGUGCGACCGACCCACGAUCGCCUUGUCAAGAUCUUCUCAUAUACCAUCAAUUUUGUGCGAUUCCGCGAAACGCACACGAGCGUGAUUGACGAAAACUUUAACAAAGCCGAAAGCACCAAGGCAAGGAUUGAGACAUUAUAUACAGAAAACCAGGAUAUGGAACAAAGGUUAGAAGAGAUGAAGCACAACAGAAAAGCUAUGGAAGUGGCCGUCAAGGAGAAGAUGCGCCGGAAUGAUGAACUGAAGGCUCGGCUGCUUGAACUGCGUAAGGGGCAGGAAAGGGUCGCCGAGCAGUUGGAACGAGCAAAGGCUGAAAAGGCCAGAGCGCAGGCUACUUUGGAGGAGAAGACGGAGAGAUUAGUCAAAGCGCGUCAGGAGAGCGAGAAAUUGAGGCCGUACGUGCUACAAAGCCCAGCCGCGCUGCAGAAUGCUCUCACGGAGCUGUCUGAUAACCUGAUGCGCGACAAGAGCCAGAUCGACCUUCUUGAACGAAGAGGUAGAGCGCUUCAGACGUCAGGCGACAGUUUCACUGUGGUGCAAAACGACGUUCAAGCGUGCGUCAAGGUUUUGGAGGAGAUCGCGGUGGAACUCCAGAAGGAGGAGGAGGAAGAUGCGCGCGCAGCUAAGAACAGGGACGCAUUGGCCGAACGAGGAAAUAAUGUUCGCGAGGUUGAACAGAACGAGAAGCUUCUCCAAAGGCAGCUCAAGAAAUGGGAGGAACGUACAGAAGAGAUGCGGCGGAAGCACAGGGAACGAGACGAAGCGAACAAAGCCAAGAUGGAUGAAUUACGCGAGAUCCAGCGACAGCUUCGCGAUGAACGAGCCGAAAAGGGUCGCGAGAUGGAGAGGAGGAGGGUGAGAAUAGAGCAGACCGAGAAAAAGAUGGCUGAUCUCAAGGACAACAUUGAAAACGAGGUCCACUCCGCUCACGAGGAGUACUUGAAGCUCGAAUCGCAUAUCAAAUUGUACAUCACAGAAAUGGAGCAGAGCAUAUGA